GCUGCUCCCGGGACAGGCUGGCAGCUUCCCUUCCCGUGCCUUUCCCAGCUGCAGCCUUCUCUUCUCCGUCCCUCCCUCCCUCUCCUCCUCCUGCUCUCCGGGUUGUCCCUCCUGGCAGCCCUCUACUGUCCUCUUCUUCCUCUUGUUCCCCCUCUUUCCUCCCUCCAUCCCAGGUUUUUUAAUCCCCUUUCCCCGACAUCCACCCCUCCCCAUACUUUUCUCCCCCUACUAGAGAGACUCCGCUCCCACCGCCUUGCCUUUCCUCCUCCGCCCCUCAUUGUCUUCUGCAGCCUAUUGCCCAAUUUCCAAAGCUGGGGAAAACUCGCUAUGGGCGAGGACGAGGCAGUCCUGGCGGCUCUCCGGCUCCUUUCCAGCACUAGCUAGAAGAAGCGGGGCUUUUCGGGUUCGGCCAGGGAGGGUGAGCUGCACGGCGGCAACCUCUACUUGCAGCAGCAGCAGCAGCGGCGGCGGUGUCCGUCCCUCUGGUGAUCCGCCAGGCGUCGCGUUGUCUUGGGGCGCUCGGCCCGUCGAGCCCGAUGUGCGACUUGCUCGACUCGCAGCAGCCGCCCGAGAAACUUAGCAGAAUGAAAAAGUUACGGCGAACUUUGUCGGAGAGUUUCGGCAGACUAGCCUUGAAGAAAGAUGAUAACGGCUUUGAUGAGAUAUGCGUCACAAAGAUGUCCACACGGAAUUGCCAAGGAAUGGAUUCUGUGAUCAAACCCUUGGACACAAUUCCAGAAGACAAAAAAGUCAGAGUUCAGAGGACACAAAGCACUUUUGACCCAUUUGAGAAGCCAAAUAAUCAAGUAAAAAGGGUGCAUUCAGAGAACAACGCUUGCAUUAACUUCAAAUCUUCAUCAGCUGAGAAGGAAUCUCCUAAAAUCAGACGGCAUUCCAGUCCUAGUUCUCCAACAAGUCCCAAAUUUGGAAAAGCCGAUUCUUAUGAAAAACUGGAAAAACUGGGUGAAGGUUCAUAUGCUACAGUGUACAAAGGGAAAAGCAAAGUAAAUGGAAAGUUAGUAGCACUGAAAGUAAUAAGACUUCAGGAAGAAGAAGGUACUCCAUUUACAGCUAUCAGAGAAGCGUCUCUCCUGAAAGGUCUAAAACAUACUAAUAUUGUGCUGCUUCAUGAUAUCAUCCAUACAAAGGAGACACUGACCCUGGUAUUUGAGUUUGUGCAUACAGAUUUAUGUCAAUACAUGGACAAACAUCCUGGAGGACUUCAUCCAGACAAUGUGAAGUUAUUUUUAUUUCAAUUGCUGCGAGGACUUUCGUACAUCCACCAACGUUACAUUUUGCACAGGGAUCUGAAACCCCAAAAUCUUCUGAUCAGUGACACUGGGGAGUUGAAACUGGCAGAUUUUGGUCUUGCAAGAGCUAAAUCUGUCCCUAGUCACACAUACUCUAAUGAAGUGGUAACCCUUUGGUAUCGACCUCCAGAUGUUCUCUUAGGCUCAACAGAAUAUUCCACUUGCCUCGAUAUGUGGGGAGUUGGUUGCAUUUUUGUGGAAAUGAUUCAAGGAGUUGCUGCUUUUCCAGGAAUGAAAGAUAUUCAAGAUCAGCUUGAAAGAAUUUUUCUGGUUCUGGGAACUCCAAAUGAAGAAUCAUGGCCUGGAGUUGACACUCUACCACAUUUCAAGCCAGAUCGCUUUACACAGUACAGUGCUAAAAAUCUUAGACAAGCCUGGAAUAAAUUAAGCUACGUGGAUCAUGCAGAAGAUCUGGCUUCCAAAUUACUCCAGUGUUUCCCCAAAAACAGAUUGUCAGCACAGGCAGCUUUGAGCCAUGAGUACUUCAGUGAUCUUCCUCCCCGGCUAUGGGAUCUAACUGAUAUGUCAUCUAUUUUUUCUGUACCGAAUGUAAGACUACAAGUGGAAGCUGGAGAAAGCACAAAAGCUUUUGGGAAAAACAUUUAUGGCAAAGGUCAAUCACAUGUAAAACACUGAAGAGAAUUUUGAUUUCCUACAAAUAAUUGAGGAAUUAAGAUCACCAGACUAGAGAAGAGAAAAAACAAACAAGAUAUAGACAACAUUAUAAAGGCACCAUUAUCUGCUUCCUUUCUUGGAUUUCAAUCACAAGAAAAAUUAUGCUGACAAGAUCUGGUUCCCUACUCCUUCUCAGUUUAUUUAAAGUACUGCACGUAUUUUGAUACAUUGUGAUUUGAGAGACAUUUGUGAAGAUUAAGCUAUUUGCUUUAUUGAUGUGUGGCAUAAUUGGCUUUUUUUCCUCAGUCUUUUGUGUUUGGUUUUAUUGCUUUUACUUCACUGCAGUAUAAAUACUUUUGUGAAAAUAUUUAAGUUUCACCAGCAAUGUCUUAAAUAUAGUAAGGCAACACCUUUGGUGUUCACAACUCCCUUUAUAUUAUCUGUAGCUAAAAGACAGUCAUGGCAUGAAACAAUAUAUGUAUUCAUUGGGAAGUUCCACUCAUUUCACAUUCAUCAAAAUUAUAAACUGAAACAGAUUACAGGUUGGUUGUGACAGUCAGUGUCUUAUAAUUUUUCUCAUUUUUUACUGCUAGUAAACGUAAUAUUCCUUAAUUUAACCAUGGCAAUAAAUGCAUCUUAGCUAGAAUUUGGGUACUCUGCCUAUGUUGAAUAAAGUGGCAUAAAUGGGCAUAUAUAUAUAUAUAUUCAGAUACUUUACGCCCUUGUGAGAAAGGGGGCUUAUUGUUCUACUGUUUUUGUGAUUAUAGUUCAACUUGUUCAUGUCUUGCUUCAACAAUAUUUUCUAAGAAGGAAACUACAAAAGAUGAAGAAAAAAAUGAGUUUACAUUUGGAAAAGCACUAUGACAGUGCUGAGUGACACUAUGACUAGUUGCUGAAUGAGCCAUUAAAAAUAUUAGUCUUGAAUAACUAUCCAAAUUCAAAAUACUUUCUUUUUAUAACCAAAGGACUCUUCAAGUUAUUUUUCUAAGAUAUUAAGAUGGUAGGGAGAAAAGCACUAUAUUAUGCAUCUUCAUAUAGCUGAUUUUCCUGUGUAAUUUGCAAAUUGUUAAAAAGGGAUUACUAUUCUCCCUGCCUUAAAAGAAGGUGGAAGGGAAAUGGAACAAGUGACGGCAGUAGUUGGAUUUGCCUUCUAUAUACCGUCCCUAACAUGACUAGUACAAUGUUAUUAUAGAUGGGGAAGAAUAAAUUCCCCUGAAAUAAAAGAAAAUUACAUCAUUUCAUAGUAUAACAGAUGUUUAAGAACUUCAUUCAUUCAUUCAUUCAUUCAUUCAUUCAUUCAAAUUCGAUUAUGGCAUCUUAAUGCUUUUAUAAAUAAAAGCUGGAAACAGGGAUACGUUUUAUAGUUUGCAUUUGCUCUGUAAACUGAAAGCAUCUUAUUACUUGGAUCUGGCGAAUACUUGAUUUUGCAAAAUACUAUUUUUUAAUACAAGGGAACUUUUGACAGUAUGGUUUUAUUAUUACACUAUUCCCAACAAUUAUAUAUAAAUUAAAAUAAAUGUUUCUGUCCUGCCUGAAUCAAGCUUUGCCACCUUUAUUUAAAACUUUAUAUCCAUGGAAACAAUAACCACAAAAUACAAUGAAAUAUUUAAUAAAGAUUAAAUGCCUUAAUCUUUAUUUUGUUUUUAAAUUCGAUCAUAUAUUCACUUGGCUAUUUCAAGGUGACCAGUCAAAAAAAAAUAAAAAUCUCAGCACUAUAAAAAAAAUGGAACAGGAAAGAAAAUUAGAGAAUUAAACAAAACUAUCAAAUGAAGAUAGAUUUCUGUAAAUUUCUGUACUAGCUUAAAGAGAGAUGGAAACCAUUUCUCUCCAUGUUAAACAUAUGGUUUCAUGCAAAAAGUAAUUCACUGAGUUAUUUCCUUCAAUGGGCUAAAUGCUUAGCACUUUAUUAUUCACAAUAAAUAAAAUGUUUAGGAUGUAUGCUUAGAUUUUUUCAAAAAUAGUUGUUGAUGCCCUUGAACGUAUUGGCCAAUGACAUUAAAGAGCUGGGGUGGCGCAGUGGUUAGAAUGCAGUACUGCAGGCUACUUCUCCUGACUGCUGGCUGCCUGAAAUUUGGCAGUUCAAAUCUUACCAGGCUCAAGGUUGUCUCAGCCUUACAUCAUUCUGAGGUCGUUAAAAUGAGGACCCAGAUUGUUGGGGGCAAUAUGCUGACUUUGUAAACCGCUUAGAGAGAGCUGUAAAGCACUGUGAAGCGGUAUACAAGUCUAAAUGCUAUUGCUAUUGCUAUCAGCUCUUACAGUUUGAAAAUAAUGAAUUUCACUUCUAAUAUAAGUUCUUGAUUUAAAAGGAUUGAAGGGGGGGGGUAGAAUUUGGAGGCUGGAAGUCCAUCUCUUAGAGUAGAUUAAUUAGUAAUUCAAUUUCUCCUCUUAACCAAGAUUAACCAAUCUUUUUUGGGUGGGAGAAGCCAUUUAAGCUAUAAAUCUUUGUAUUUUGGAAUGGGCUCGAAAUCCAGCCAAGAAACACACGAAAAACAAAAUCAUUGGUGGCUCCUUUUGCAAUCUUCUCCAAAGCACAAUGACAACCCUUAGAAAUUAGCACAACUAAAGCAAUCUGUGGAAAAUAAAUCACAGUUUAUUUGAGGUGAUUUUUUUCAAAACUCAACAGAAGGCAAGGGUUCUGGAAUAAUUGUACAUGGAAGAUGAUAUGUAUAAAAGAGAUUCAAAUUUAGAAUCCAUACAUUUUCAAUAUCAAAUCUAUUUUAUUUGCCCCUGUUCUUUUCUAUAGAAUCCAUAUUGAAUCCAGGGUUAUUGUCUUUAGUAUCAGUCCACAUUUAUACACUAAAAAAAAAUGGUGCACUGGCAAAGAACCCAGUAUUUUGUUUCUUAAAGUUACUGUAUGGUUUUUCUUAAGGCAUUAAAAUUAUGGGAGAUCAUCAAUUACUUGAAGUGAAUAAAUAUCAGUUAGCUAGAUUUUAUUAUAGUUCUAAUUUUAGUGAUAGUGGAGAAGAAUUAUCACUGGAAUGUAAAUAAAAGUAUGUAGCUACCAUAUAAUACGAUCUCCAACAUUGUGCAGUGCAAUCAUGAAGCUGCUUGUGGGGGGGGGGGAUCAGUGUUCUUAUCUCUUCAAAUUUAUGAUUUGGCAAAUAGUAAUUAUGCAAUUUUAUUUUCCCCUCUGUUCUCUUUUAGCGCAUAAUAGAAACUUGCACAAGUUUUACCCUAAAGUACCUUCCAGGUUAUGGUCAAAAUAUGGUUACCUCUUUCAUCUUGCCCUACACAGCCAUUUCAUCAUUCUGAUUCCUUUGCAGAUCAGUUUAGGCCCGUGAUGGCGAACCUAUGGCACGCUUGCCAGAAGUGGCACGCAGAGACCUGUCUGCUAGUACGCGUGCCGUCACCCCAAGUUAGAUCUCUGUGGCGUUUUAUUCGUGAGCUUCUGUUUCCCUGCAAACGAGGAAACAAGGUCACAAAAGAAAAAGAUCUUAUCUCUUGCCACGCUGCCAGUGUUGGGGUUUCUGCUGUGCAUGCACAUGCAUGUCCACACAUGCGUGUGUUAAUGUUCACGAUUGUGCACAAUUGUGCACAUGCCCAAAUUGUGCGCAGUUUGGGCAUGCGCACACGCGGUUUGGGCACCCGAUGGAUAAAAGUUUUGCCAUCAUUGGUUUACGCAAAACCAUGUAACUCUUAUGUUGGAGAUAGAAAGGCAAUUCUGAAAUAUUCUGAACAAUGCAUAACAAAGGAUUUUAUAUUUUGCAGCUACUUCCACUGUGAUUCUGCAUGGAUUUUGCAUCUAACACUUGUGCUUUUGACUACAAUAGGAAUGGAUUCUAACUCUUAAGAGAUCCUGCCAUAUCAUUUGUACUUCCUGUUUCUCCCGAUUAUGUAGUGCUUAUGACAACUCUGAGCCUUUCAGAAUUUCAAUAAGAGCCAAAACCUAAUGCAGUUUCUACCCCCUUUUCAGGUACUUGGAAUUCAAGAUUGCAUAUUUUUAAUUUUCCAUGUAUAUGUUAAUUGUGACCUGGUAUAUAAGUUACUGAAAUAACGUAUCUGCUGUUUUCCCAUAAUUGGGUUCCCUAUUUUUCUAAUAAGACUUCAAUGAUUAAUUGGAUAGAGACCUAGCCCAUUUGUAAAUACUACCUAUGCAGUCUAACCAUUCCACAUAAUAGUUUGUUUGAAGUACUAUUGGAACGGCCAGGGAAUUAGUAGUGAAAUAUGGCAGCCAUGGAAAAAACCACCAUGCAUGCAUUGGACUUCUGUAAUUGGUAUUAGAAGAAAAAAUGCUUUCCAAAUACAUCCAAUUCUUUUAAUUAAACUCCUCCUUAUUUUAGAAAGCUUCUCAAUGAGAAGAGAGGGAAUACUUUUGAAACCUAAGAAGAGAAAAUGAUCACCUCAUAAUGAAAGAUAAGAGGAAUUCCAGUAUAUGAAGAAUGUAGAAAUAGCGAUAGAAAAUUGGUCUACAGGGUUUUCGUUACCAAUGUUACAUUGGAAAAUUGGUUCAAUAGGAUUCCCACUUGAACAGCUCAAAUAUGCAGAGCACCUGGGUCAUUGCAAAUAAUGUGUAUUUUGUCUCUUAGGAAUAAGAUUAAACAAGCACAGGAAAUAUAUAACAAUGGUUGGGGAGGCUUUGGACCAGUCUUGCUUUCAAUGUGAAAAUGUGAAAUUUUUCUGAUUAAUUAAAGAUUAAUGUUGCUCCUCUGAACAGUGAAGGCAAUGUGAUCUUUUGAAUGCAUGCCCACCCAUGCACAUAAAUGUAUGGUGAAUAUAGAGUAUGUAUUUCCCAAAAAUAUAUUAUUAUUGUUUUUCUAAAGUAAUAGAAUAAAUGACAUUUGGACUGUAUAGAUUCAUGUGGAAUAUGGAGACCAUAUAAAUAGAAUUACAUUCCAUUCUUCACCAAAUCAUGACACAAAUCUUUUCUUUUUUUUUUUUUUUGACAAAAAGGUAUAGAGGCACUUAUCUAUGUUAUUGCCUUGCAAUAUUUUUUAAAACAAACAUUGAAAGAUUGCAUUAAGAUAUUCCCUAAACGUAGUCUCAGAACAUGCAGUUCUGCAGUGCUACCUACAAAUUUUUCCCUAGUUGGGAUUCUUUAUACAAGGCACAAAAAGGUGCACUUUUUAACAGGGAUUUGGUAAUCAAACAAUAUUAAUAUUAAGUAUGUAUACACAAUAUAGGCACAUGCUUUAAUGACAGCUUAGUCAGCAGUAUGGUUAAGUAAAUGUUACAUUGUAUUCAAUGUGUAAUUUGUCUUACUAUAAACAAUGUAUGGUUUGUUAAGUGUCAAUUGUUUUCAUUUAAUAUGAUAUUUAAUAAAGUGUAACAGGA